GCUAUACAGCACUACAAUUAUUUGGCGGUGUUUGGGAUUUACUGUUUUCGCUACUUUGCCAGUUUUUUUCAUUUUUGCUGAAAACAAUGUCAAUAACCCUUGAUUUCGAUGCAAAGCAAUUGGCCAAUAAAAGACCAUUGCAGCUGCACUCCUUACCAGCCAAAAUCGAUGGCGACGGCGAAUGUGCAAAUGUGGAUACCUAUUUUAACAAUUACACGCGCGAAGCUUCAGAAUACGGCUCUGGCGUGCUGAUAAAUGCGCUCAGGGGUUAUCCUCUUUUGGGAAAGCGUGAGCCAGUGCCCGACGGAUAUAGAGGCGUUGUUUUACAAGAAACGGACCCAAAUCAGGAACAACGCCAACUUCGUCUCACCGGCACCUUUCAGGAUUUUACAUACUGGAAUUAUGACAAAGUGCCGUCAAAAGGCGACGGAUACCAGCAGGCACUAAUAAUGCUGGAAGUGGCCGACGCACUAGCUAAGCCCGUGAGCGAAGAGGAGCUUGAAGAUGAGAUGAAACGAUUCCAGCAAGCCAAGAAAGAAAACGCUUUGUAGUUGGUGCGCUUACAG